AUGGUCCCAUCAUCCAAACAGGGAGAGACUUCAAGGAAAUCGAACUGUAAAAAUACUGCUUUCAUUGCAAUAUCCAUUGCCAUUAGUUUCUGGGCAUGUCUUCAAUACAGAAUCGUUGCAGUCACAUGGACCCAAGUCCAAACCGACAUGACUAAUAGUCUCAACUCUUUUUAUCAUCAGUCUACCGAGCAAUCGCAGCAGAAGGAAAUACAAUUCCCUAAAGACAAUUAUCAAGAUCCGCACACAAAAGGAGCUCAAUCGGAACCUGCAGGACCCGAUUCACCUGUGAAGCUUCCAUCCAACUCCAAACCCAAUCUGGAUAGCAAUACGUUCUCCUUGUGCCUACUGCUCAAGGAUGAUAAUGAUAUACUGAACGAGUGGAUCGCAUAUCACUAUCACACACUCAAUCUACGAUAUAUGAUUGUAGCGUUGGAUCCAUUCUCCCAAACCUCACCGGAACCAAUCUUUGAAAAAUGGAGAAACUUGUUUGGUAUGACCAUUGAAGUUUGGACGGACAAGGAUUACAUGCCAGACUUUUUUCUGCAAGGCAAGUACGAUCAAGUGGAUUCCUUCAUUCCGCAGUUCGUCAAUCAAGAUCAAUCCAAAUCGAUCUGGCACACCGACACGAGCAAUGCAUCCCAAGUGGAACAAGACUUGAUUCACAUCAACAAUCACCGGUUCCGACAAGUUACCUUUGUCAGCCACUGCUUUGAAGUCAUCAAGAAGAAUCUACCCAACCAUAGUGUAACAGACAAGAAGGGAAAGCAGCAGCCAGACUUUCAACAUUGGGUGGGGCACAUUGAUACUGACGAAUAUAUUGUAAUCAAUCCAUUGCUUCGAGACAAUCCAAAUCGAACCAAGUUGAUUGACAUUCCAAAUACUCCUACGUCUGGAUCAAUACUUCAGUUUCUUAUGGACUUGUUUGAAAAGUAUCCCAAACGUCUAAGUCGAUCGUGCUUUAUGAUUCCGACCGUCCUGUUUGGAGCACAAAUUCAUGACGACUGGACGCACCGUGGCGGUGUCAUCAAUUUCACAACCACGAUUGAUACCGACCAUUGGAAUGCGGCUCGUUUUGAAACCUUGCGGUGGCGGAUCCAUGCCGACUAUUCCAACAUUAUCAAUGGACUGCAAAAAGCCAUCUUGGACUUGUCGCACCUGCCAGCGGAUCAUGAAAUCUUUCAAAACCAUCGCAUCAAGAGUGUGCACAUGCCUUUGGAUAAGGGUGGGACACAUGGAUGUCGCCAAAUGUCCCUGAAACCUGAAAUUCAUGCCGUUCGAUUGUUUCCAUUGAGUAUCAAUCAUUACGUCGGUUCGAGAGAACGAUACCUGUCAAGACCUGACAAGCGACGGAACAUUGAAAUAUACGAAGGCAAGGCACGAGUGACUGGUGGUGUAGAUGAUGGCUGGAUACGCGGAUGGUUACCUAGUUUUGUACAAGAGCAUGGACUGGAGAAGGCAUCACAAGUGCUGGAAGAAUAUCGAGUGUCGUGA